AUGGCAGACGGGUCCACCACACCCAACCCCAUGGUGGAUCAAUCACCACAAGGUGAUGAGUCCAUGAUGAUGGAGGAUCAUGUCAGUGAGACUUCUCACCAUGGCGAAGAAGAAGAGGAAGAGGAAGAAGUCGAGGAAGACGAUUCCAACAAUGACGAUCACGAUUUCUUUGAUCAUGAACCAAGCAAAGUGGAAAAGAUGGAGAUGCGAAAGGCCAGCAAACGACCCUCUGAAUGGUUGAAAUUGUUGUGCAAAGAGUGGGCCCUGCACAACAUGCAAGUUGUGGAAGCCACCGACAAGCUCUUUUCGGACUACAAGCCCUAUUUGAAAGGCUAUCUGUCCAGUCAAUUGCUCUGUCGUCUUUCCAUUCCUCCCUUGAUUACAAAGCACGGUGCCAAUGGCGAUACCUCGCCUCCGUUGCCCAUGGUGGACUUUUGGGGAAUCUUGCAGAUUACGGAUGAGUUUGACAAGGCCUACAUUGUUGCUCAAAUUGAACGCUUUUCGGCCUUGUAUCAGAUUCAUGCCACUACUAUAUUGCAAGAUGAUGCGCCCUCUCCAGACCAUCAUCAUCAACAGCAUCACCAACUAUUGCAUCAGCAGCAUCAUCAACAGCAUCAACAACACCAUCAUCAUCACAACAACAAUGCUACCAUUGAUUUGCCCUACGAUGAUCAUGCAGCUGCGGUCGCUGCGGCGGCAGCCGCCCAAGCCAAUGGAUCCCUCCAACUGCCUUCCUACAUGACCGAAGCCGCUGCCGUCGCCGUGGCGGUAAGUAAUGAUGUUCAAAAACUCACCAAAAAGCAGGCCAGUGAAGUCACCAAGGCCCAUCGAAUGGCCAAGGAUGCCGAAAAGGCAUUGGAAUUGGAACGGCGACAAAAUAUGAAACGGGAGCAAAAACGCAUCUCCCUCGAACGCAAGGAACAAAAGGCUAGGGAACGAGAAGCGGCACAAAUGAAAAAGGCACAAGAACGCAUGGCAAGAGAAAAUUCAAGAGAAGCACGACGCAAACGCAAGCUAGAUCUCAGAUUGGAACGAGAAAAAUUUGCUCAAGAACAAAAGGAAGCCGCCUUGAAACGAGCGGCCGAAUUGGUAUCUUCCAAUCGCGUUCCCAUUGAAAUUACAAGAGGUGCUGCGGCGGCCAAGGCAGCUGCCAAUGCCGCCAUGAUGCAACAAUCCGGUUCUGUAAACCACCACCAUCACCACCACCACAACCAAGUGCCCGAAAUGGAACAUCACCAACAUCAUCAUCACGUUGCUCCUACUUCUGCAUCUGCUGCAUCUCCAACAUCACAACCUCGCAAACGGCGACGAUCGGCCAUUGUGGUCAGUACGGCGGCGGAUCUACACCAAAUUGUCACGCACUCCAAAAAUCUUUGGGCCAAAUACAAUGCCAUUGCCAAGGAACACAAUCAAAAGGUCAAUUGGAUUACGGUCGCCAAGGAAUUGGGAAUUCACGUCAAGGUACGAGAAAAGUAUGCCAGGAUGCAUUCGCGAGCGGAACAACGGGGAUUCGAUUGGGAGGUCAAUGGACAAAUGAAAAUCAAGGAUCAUCCCGAAAUCUUUUUGGAACCGACGCAGGCGGAACAAAAGGCCAAAAUGCCACCACCGCCACCGGAUGCUGCGACGACGGUAUUGAUCAACGAAGAUACACAAAAGGAAGUCAUUCGAACGGACGAAGCGGCCGUGGCGGCGGCAGCGGCCGUUGUGGAUGCGACUGUCGAUGCGGGGGCAACGGCAGCGGCCGUGGCGGCAAGCCUAGCUGCGGAUCCAGCUCAUUUGACGGACAAUAAGGCGGUGAGAAUUUAA